AUGGAAUUAGAAAAAGUUGAAAAGGAUAAAUUAGAAUUAGAAGUUGAAAAACCUAAAGAAUUAUUAAGAAGAAGAUGUUAUCAUGAAAAUCCUUAUGAUGACUGUGAUGCAUAUGAUUCCGAUUCCGAUUCAGAUGCAGAUAAAGAAGCACUUGAAAUAACUUAUAUCUCAAACUCAACUGAUAUUCUAAACUUUUCAACGUUAAUAGUUAGAUUACAACCAGCAGCAGCACCACCACCACCUUUAAAAACAACUUCAAAAACAAAUACUGAAACUUCAACAACAAUUAAAGUUAAAAAAACAAAAUCAAAUAAAAUCCAAGAAAAAGAAAAAGAGAAAAAGAAAGAAAAAGAGAAAGAUAAAAAGAAAGAAAAAAUAUGA